UGAAAAAAUCAAUUUAUAAUUUGACAUUUAAUUUUUCCUAUACUGUAUCUUACUAAAUCAAGUAAUCAUGCCUACUUACACAAAAAUUGAUUGCUGCAAAGAUAUGAAUGGAAAUUGAAUAGUACUUAAUUUCUUCUAUAAUAUAUUUAUAGUUAUUUUGUUAUUUAGAAACACUUGGUAAAUAUAGGUGGGUUAAAUGUACUUACCAAUAAACACCACUCAUUUUUUCUCCUCCUCUCCUACUCAUGUUUUUGUGUGUGUGCGUGUGCAUGUGUGUGUGUGCGUGCGUUUGUGUGUGUGUGUGUGUGUGUGUGUGUCAUAUCUCCUUGGCAACAGGUUUGACCUUCAACUAUGUCAGGUGCUAUUUUUAGAACUGUAGGAUGGAAAUGUGCAGUUCUUUGUUAUGUCUAUUCACUUGGAGUUCAUCAUAGUGUAUAGUUGAAAUGGCUGGAAGAAAGAAGGACCCAAUAUGGAUCCAUUUUGUUGAAGAACCAACAUUGUCAGGAAAAGGUCUGAAAGCUACCUGCAAGUCAUGUGGAAAACAGUUAAUGGGGUUGGUUGCCAGAAUGAAAAAACAUAUUGAAACAUGUCAGAAGGAAGAAACAGAAGAGGAUCAUCUGUGUGAAUCAGAAUCAGCACAGAGAAGUUGCAGAGGUAACGAUUCAUUGGCCAUUGUGAGAAAAACCGGUGGGCAAAUAUCAUCUUCGACUUCCCAAGGGCCUUCUAUGCAAACGAAGAGAACACAUCACAAUGAAAACAAUGGCGAUAGUGAGAUUAAAAAAAAAUUUCAUCAAACCCUUGUUGACACACAUCUAGUAAAAACCAACAGUAAUCAAAAAUGUAUUCUUGAUGAACAGGUUGCUCGAUACAUAUAUGCUACAAAUUCUCCUUUCCGGCAAGUAGAUCACCCAGAAUUCAAGAAGAUGGUAAGUUUGUUGCGUCCUGGAUAUAAACCACCCACUCAUGUUCAGAUUGGGGGUGAUCUGUUAGAUACUUUAUACACUGCCGAGAGAGAGAAGUGUGCGACAUGUUUGGAAGGAAAAACUGUAUGCUUAAGUUUAGAUGGGUGGUCAAAUAUCCAUAAUGAUCCUAUCAUUUGUGUAGCUGUAACUGCCAGUUUAGGAGAAGUUUAUCUGGUAGAUACAAUUGACACAUCAGGUCAUUCACACACAGCUGAUUAUUUGGUACAUGUAGCGAAAGCUGCUGUAGCCAAAUGUGAACGUGAAUUCAAGUGUUUAGUUCGCAGUAUUGUGACAGACAACACUGGAAAUGUGAGAAAAAUGCGUUCAGACCUAGAAAAAGAAGAUUUAAAUUUUAUCACAUAUGGUUGUUCAGCACAUCUUUUGAAUCUACUAGCUAAAGAUUUGCAGGUACCUAAUGUGAAAGAACAUGUGGUAGAGAUUGUUAAGUACUUCCGCAAUAAUCAUUUUGCACACGCUAAGUACAAGCAAGAAGGUGGACAACAGCUUAUACUACCUCAAGAUGUUCGCUGGAACACAACAGUUGACUGCCUGUCAGCAUACAUAAAAUACUGGCCAGUUCUCGUGAAAAUCUGUGAAGAAAAUCGCACUGCAAUUAAUGAUAAUAUUUACAGAAAAGUGAUGAAUGUCGUUAUAAAGAGGAACGCAGAGGAUAUGCUGAGGUGUCUGAAACCAGUGGCCAUUGCACUCGAUAAGGUUCAGAAAGAUAGCAGUACAAUUUCCACUGCUGUUGAUGUGUGGAAAAGUCUAAAACAAUGUCUUGAAGAUGAAAACCUGAAUGCAGACAGCAUGGAGAAAUUUUCCAGUCGCUACCAUCAGGCACUGGAUGGAGCACAUUUCCUGGCGUAUCUUGUAGACCCACGGUUCUGUGGUCAACAUUUGACAGCUGAUGAGCGAUCUGAAGCUCUUUCAUUUGCAAACAACCGAUACAAACACAUUAAGUCUUUAUUGCCCAUAAUUAUUAAGUUCCAAGCAAAAUCUACUCCCUUCCACAACUUUUUGUUCGAUGAAAAUGUCAUCUCAAAAGUGUCGCCAAUAGACUGGUGGAAAAUGAACAUCAAUUCAGAUACUACUAAAGUUAUGGAUGUCAUAGAACCACUGUUAACAGCAACUGCGUCAUCUGCAUCAGUGGAAAGAAUCUUUUCGACAUUUGGUUUGGUUCAGUCAACAUUAAGAAAUCGACUGGGUACAGAAAAAGCUGCAAAACUUGUAUUUUUGUUUAAAAUUUUAAAUAGGUAAUAUUUUGUUGAAGUUUUUUUACAUAGACUACUUUUGUAUAUGUGCAAUUCUGAGAAGAGAAAAAAAAAGGAAAUUGUGGUUUUGUUUUAAAUCACUUUUAUCUAGAACAAUUGGAACAAAGGGAUGACAGAAGUGACAGUUACAUUUAAGAUUAUAUGUAUAUAUUUUAGAGAUAUAGUUAUUUUGUAUAGCACUUCCUUAUUUUUGUUACUAAUGUUAACUGUGAUACUGUACUAAAAAUUUUCAUAAAGUUACAUCAUUAAUGUUUCCUUAAAAUACUAUGCAAAGUAAAAUUUUAUUUCACAGAAAGAAAAUUAAGCUAGUUGUCUUUGCAAAAUGAGUUAAUCUAUUAUGAAUCACUGUAGAGGAAAGUCACGAAAAUGUACUGUAUAUUACACAGAUUAUAAUUUUUUAUAUUUUAAUCAAAAAAAUCCGAUUUUAACCAAAAAAAUCUGAUUUUUUUGAUUUCUUUAAAAAAAUCAGGAUUUUUUAUACCCUGCGAUCGCUGCGACGAUUAUGCGAGUAAAUAUGGUAAGUAGGCAUGAUUACUUGAUUUUUAAAAAAUACAGUAUAGGAAAAAUUAACAUUCAUAUUAUAAAUUGAUUCUAUUCACUGAUUUAAAAAAAAAUCACAUGAUGAUUUAAAUUAUGAUUUAAAUCACGUGAUUUAAAAAAAAAUCACAUGAUUUAAAUCACGAUUUAAAUCAU